CAUGCCUGUCUCAUUCCAAAGAGAAGAAGAUGGCGCCGAUGCCUGAAUGCACCGAGGGUUCCUUGGUUGGAUACUGAUUGCUGUAAUUGCCUUUCUGCUCAAUUGCUUGCAUCAUUGCUGUUCCCCUUUAAGCUACCAUCAAGAGGCUUAUUGGAAACACUACCGUUAUGCUGAAAAAGAUCUGUUCAAUCGUACUGCUGAGGUCCAUGCGAAAGUCCUUGCUGCCAAUAAUGUUAAAGAGUUUUUUGGUUUUGUGGCUUUGGACAAAGAUGAAAAGGAAGUAGUCAGCCAGUACCCAGUGGACGAGGCCCAGACAAGCCCUGAGUGGCAGGAGAUCACUGGAGUGUACCUUUAUCAGGAGAACAAGGGCUUCCCAUUGUAUAGUCGUCUCCAAAAAUGGGCCAAAAAAGUCAUAGGAAAUGGUACGGAUCCCGACGGUCGAGAAAUGGCCCUGCUUGCUGUAUGAGAAACUGAGACCAGGAGAAUGAGGGGAGGGAGACCUGGGGAUUGUUUCUGAAUUUCAUAUCUUACAUCAUGUGUUAAUGUAUAAAGGGGCAGUAAUGUGUCAGUAACUCUUAGAAAUACCUCUACGGGACACCAUCCAUCCAGCUUUGAGCUUUAUAUCAGUGGUACCUCCCAUGGAUAUCACUUCCUGGAAACUUUUGAAAGAUUAAAUAUUCAAAAAUAUACUUGUGUCUCAGAUUUUUCAAGUAUGAAUUGUAAUUUGUCAUUUUAUAUGUACAGCCCCC